AUGGCUCCGUUUCGCAACUUUCUGGGGAGAAAGCCUGCUGCCCCCAACAGCGGGGAAGUCGAUAGCCGCCCCGACCUGAACAAUCGGUUCUCCGAAGACAGCCACCGUUCUACUCCAUUGAGUAUUCGCAAGAGUCACGAAACUGAGCCUCCCGAGUACAAGUUGAGCGUCGUCGACUGUAAUGGCGAUUAUCUUCCGCCCUCACCACCAGAGAGAGAAAGCGUCUGGCGCAAAUAUCCAGGCAUGUCGAGGUCAUCCUCGAAUCAUCGAAACCUAGUCGACGAAAAUGAGCCGUUCUCAAUAUCCCGCGAAUCAUUCGACUCCUACCGGCGGUCAUUCGACAUUUCCGCCCGCUCUCCCAUAAUCUAUCCGGACACAAUGCCCUCCCGCACAUCCCUCGACUCGCGCUUCUCCCGCUUAACUUCAUCCUCGGGCCAGCGCUUCGAGAAACACCCCCAACCGGAAACAAUGGAAGAGGACCACUUCGAGGACGUCGGUCUGGACGACGGCGACGACGCAAAGCCAAAGAAGAAGGGCCUGUUCUCGCGCUUUGGCGACUUCACAAACGACUCUCAGGCCAGCGGAUCGUCUAAGACGUCAUCGCUCGGGUUUCAUUUGCCUGGUCGUAAACGGGCGCAGGCGCCGCCUGUCUCGGAAAUGGGUGCCAUGAAGACGCCUGCCCCUCCCGAGGUGUCGGAGGUGCGUGAGGGGUGA